CGGGCGCUGAGCAGUCCGCGGCUCUGGCGUCGUCGCCGUCUUCGUCGUCGCUGCCUCCGCCUCCUCCUCCUCCUCCUCCUCCUCCUCCUCCUUCUCCGGGGUCUGCGUUGUCCGCCGGGAAGGAGGGGAGGCCCGCAGCGCGGGGGACACAGCAGCCGGGCUUCGGGGUGCCGCCGCCGCCGCCGCCGCUGCCAGGACUGCACUACAGCUGCAGAGCCGGUGUCCCUAGAAGAUGCACACAGGCUUGCAUGAGUGAAGGGGAUCGGACAAGAUGACAAAGUUUUAUAGGGAAAAACCUGCUUUCUGCAAAUAACUGAUAAAGCUGCCUUCGAAGCUCUUCUCGGGCUCCAUGGAGUAGCUGGACUUGUUCUGUAAAGCCCCGGCUGGGGCAAGCUUGCAUCUGCUCAUCACCCAGAGCAACUGUUGCCAUGGCCAGCAAGAGGAAGUCCACCACCCCCUGCAUGAUCCCAGUGAAGACCGCGGUGAUGCAGGGGGCUGGGGCGGAGGCUCAGCCGAAGGAAGCCUUGCCUGAAGGUCCACCCCAGGCCCUUCCCCCAGAGGUACCUGUGGCCAGCAGUGAGACAGCCCAGAACCCUAGCAGCACUGAUGGCUCAGCUCUGGCUAAUGGGCAUCGGAGCACUUUGGAUGGCUAUUUAUAUUCCUGUAAAGACUGUGAUUUCAGAUCCCAGGACAUGACCCAGUUUGUAGGACAUAUGAACUCAGAGCACACAGAUUUUAAUAAAGACCCAAAUUUUAUAUGCACAGGGUGCAGUUUCCUGGCAAAAACCCCUGAGGGGCUUUCCCUGCACAAUGCCAAGUGUCACUCAGGGGAAGCCAGCUUUGUAUGGAAUGUGACCAAGCCAGACAAUCAUGUAGUUGUGGAGCAGAAUGUCCCAGAGAGUACGAGCACUCCUGACCUAGCAGGCGAGCCCAGCACUGAGGGGACUGAUGGACAGGCUGAAAUCAUCAUUACUAAGACUCCAAUCAUGAAGAUAAUGAAAGGCAAAGCUGAAGCCAAAAAAAUCCACAUGCUUAAGGAGAACAUUCCCAGCCAGCCUGUGGGUGAGGCCGAAGGGAAAGAGGAGGACCACACUUUCAUCAAUGGGGCAGCUUCAGUCAGCCAGGCAUCCGCUAGCUCCACAAAGACCCCCCACUCUGCCAACGGGCCCCUAAUAGGAACAGUGCCAGUUCUGCCAGCUGGUAUAGCACAGUUCCUCUCCCUCCAACAACAGCCCUCGGCUCAUGCCCAGCACCACACCCACCAGCCUUUGCCCACAUCCAAGGCUCUUCCCAAAGUCAUGAUUCCCCUGAGCAGCAUCCCAACAUACAAUGCAGCCAUGGACUCCAAUAGCUUUCUAAAGAACUCCUUCCACAAAUUCCCCUACCCAACCAAAGCCGAGCUCUGCUACUUGACUGUGGUGACCAAGUAUCCAGAAGAGCAGCUCAAGAUCUGGUUCACAGCCCAGAGGCUGAAGCAGGGAAUCAGCUGGUCCCCUGAGGAGAUUGAGGAUGCUCGGAAAAAGAUGUUUAAUACAGUCAUCCAGUCUGUGCCUCAGCCCACAAUCACAGUUCUCAACACCCCCCUGGUUGCCAGCACUAGCAAUGUACAGCAUCUUAUCCAGGCCACUCUCCCAGGCCACGUUGUAGGACAGCCAGAGGGGACAGCAGGGGGACUCCUGGUCACUCAACCACUGAUGGCCAAUGGGUUACAAGCAUCAAGCUCAUCUCUCCCGCUGACAGCUACAUGUGUUCCCAAGCCAAGUGCAGCACCCAUCAACACCGUGUGUUCAAAUGCAGCCUCAGCUGUGAAGGUGGUCAAUGCAGCUCAGUCACUCCUCACAGCAUGUCCUAGCAUAACUUCCCAAGCCUUCCUUGAUGCAAGCAUCUACAAAAACAAGAAGUCUCAUGAACAGCUGUCAGCUCUGAAAGGGAGCUUCUGUCGGAACCAGUUCCCUGGGCAGAGUGAAGUUGAGCACCUUACCAAAGUGACAGGCCUCAGUACCAGAGAGGUGCGAAAGUGGUUCAGUGAUCGGAGAUACCACUGCCGGAACCUGAAGGGCUCCAGGGCCAUGAUGCCUGGAGAUCACAGCUCUAUCCUCACGGACUCUGGGCCAGACUUGCCCUUCUCUGUGUCAGCCAAGGCUCCAGAGGUAACCUGUUCCCCGACAACAGCCUCACUGGCAAGCCAUCCUGCCACCAAACGACAGUCCUGGCACCAGACUCCAGACUUCACACCAACCAAGUACAAGGAGCGAGCCCCAGAGCAGCUGCGAGCUCUAGAGAGCAGCUUUGCACAAAACCCACUGCCCCUUGAUGAGGAACUGGACCGCCUGAGAAGUGAAACGAAGAUGACUCGCAGAGAAAUUGAUAGCUGGUUUUCAGAGAGACGGAAGAAAGUCAGUGCUGAGGAGACCAAGAAGGCAGACGAGCACGCGCCUCAGGAGGAGGAGGAAGCUGCCGAGGAGGAGGGUGGAGAACAAGAGUUUGCUAGUGAGCUGAGGGUUCUUGGUGACAAUGGCUCCCCAGACAUGCUUCUUGGCCAGACCUUGGCAGAGCGCAAGGUCAGUCCGAUCAAAAUCAACCUCAAGAACCUGCGGGUCACUGAAGCCAGUGGCAAGAGUGAGCUCCCGGGGUUAGGUGUCUAUGAGCCUGAGGGUGAUGGCUUGAACAAGGUGGCAGAGCAGCCCCCAGGCAAAGUGAGCUACAAAAAGACAGCCCAGCAACGGCACUUGUUGCGCCAGCUCUUUGUCCAGACACAGUGGCCAAGCACCCAGGACUAUGACUCCAUCAUGGCUCAAACGGGGCUGCCCCGGCCAGAGGUGGUACGCUGGUUUGGAGAUAGCAGAUAUGCCUUGAAGAAUGGCCAGCUCAAGUGGUACGAAGACUAUAAGAGAGGUAACUUCCCACCAGGUCUCCUGAUCAUUGCCCCUGGCAACCGGGAGCUGCUGCAGGACUAUUACCUGACACACAAGAUGCUGUAUGAGGAGGACCUGCAGAACCUCUGCGACAAGACCCAGAUGAGCUCCCAGCAAGUUAAGCAGUGGUUUGCUGAGAAAAUGGGUGAAGAAACGCGGGCCAUGGCAGAUACAAGUAGUGAGGACCAGGGACCUGGUGCUAGUGAGCCUCUGGCAGUUCACAAAGGUCUAGGUGACACCUAUUCGGAGGUAUCUGAGAACAGUGAAUCAUGGGAGCCGAGUGCCCCUGAGGCCAGCUCAGAGCCCUUGGACACUUCAGUUCCUCAGCUUGGACGUCAACUCGAAACAGACUGAAUUUGAUUGGAUUACUGUGAUACCAGUCUGGGAUGCUGUCUGCCACGUGGAAGAGCUAAACCUGCCUCUCUGCUGCCACAUGUCGUCCUGAAGGCCAGCUUCUGGGUGCCCAGAGGCCACACAGAUCGCUCAGACCCACCUCUCUAACUACCCCUCAACCUGACCUACCAAGCAAGGCACAAAGGGUUCUUGUUCACCCUUCCGCCCAUGGUGCAGGACCUUUCCUUUGCUUCCCAGGGACAACCCAGUUCAAAUUUCAUAUUCAGAGACACUGAAUCAAGUUUUUAGCUUAUACAUCUGCCUAUGUACAUUUAAUAAAGCAUCAAAUCAUAAACAUUUUCACUACAUAGAAACUUCAGUUAGUAAAGCAGUACAUGUUCAUAUCAUCUCUAAAAUUGCCAUGUCUGUUCUCAGCGGAGCUCUGGACCAUGGGGGCCCUCACCCUCUACAGCUGGCAGGGGUCAAAGGCACCUCAGGAUUGUGUCUGAGCCCUGACUUCACUUGUGUUCCUCAAGGAAGCAUCACCCUUGAAGAGAUCUGUCUGUCAAGCAGAAGCCAGCCACAUUUUAUGACAGGCUUGUUGUGGACUGACAGGUGCAGAGCCCACUGUUUCUGUUCAGAAAAUAGCCCUGUUACAAGGCACUGCUGGAUCCUCACUGUUCUCUUCAGUUGUUACCCUAAUUCAUGGAGUUUGAAUCAUGGACUGUAACUUCCUAGUGAUUAGAUCAGCUAAGGAAACCUUUGUCAUGAAGCCUGAUGUACCUACCAAUCCACCUGCUUCCCUCCCCACUUUAGAAAAUGAAGGAAAAGUGGAGAGACAGAACAAGGGAGGGUGGGCGUGGCAGGGGGGAGCCUGGGGCUGUGGCCACUGCAGUGCUAGAGCUUUCUCCGCCCUCUGCAGAGCGCCCUGUAGCUGGGAGGGAAGCGCAGCAUGUCUGCUGAAAAGAGCUUGGUGGGGAUCGAUCGGGGGUGUUUGCAGUGAUCAUAGCUGGCGUGGUCUUGGACACAAAGGCCUGCAGGUGGAGUUCUUGGCAGAGCACUUUCAGUUCCCCUGCUGCGUGUGUGAAGGGCCUGGCUAGAUGCUGACUACGUGCCCCAAAGGUGGUGGGCAUUAUCGGGUAUGGCCUUGUGAGGGUAUUGCUAGGGUCUCCAUUUAUACUCCCAGACUUGGAAAUGAGAACUCUAUCUGCUUUACCAUACCCUCACGCCCACCUUUGAUUAAGAAAAUCACAGGUCAAGGUGCCUUUAAACAACGGCAAUUUUGCCUUCUGAGCUGCACUAGAUUUUAGAGAAAUGCUGAAGCCCCUAUUGCCCCAAGGCUGGCUGCUUUAAGACAGUGGGUACUGAGGUCCUGUAAUGCACGGCCCCACUAACCUCUUGGAAAUGCCUGCUUGUGAAGUGCCAAACACAGCCCCAGGACCUUGGGCUUUGGGAGCGCUCCUAUUGCCCCUGGCUGCAGGGUGCACUGGGAGACCCAGAAGCAGGGCAAGGCUUUGGUCAAGAACCACUGGUCAUGUUCUAGGCACCAUCCUUCCCUUCUCCUACUGCAGGGACUAGAACAGCCAGGCCACCUUGCUGGCUUGUGGCAGCACGACCUACCUUUCAAAAGAGAGAGCACUCUUUGGAAACCCAAAGCCAUUGAACCAUUGUUAAGGUGUUCUCCCACCUUUCUGUCUUCAUAGGGAUGACCUCCUGAUUGUCUCAGACAGGUGGGGGGGGCGGUGUUGGCUUGAGUACUUGCCUAGUUUUGCAGCGUGCUUUUAAAUCCUUUCCAUUUGGGUAAGGAAGCUAUUUGGUCCCAGCUGCCAAGAAUGACAAGUGAUUACCUGGCUUCAGUGAACUGGUACCUGGGAAUUUUUCCUUAAUGCUUGUAUACAUGCAGAUUAAUAUACAUAUCCACAUAUAAAGUACAAAUACUCUUUUGUUACUUAUAAAAAUGUAUCUCUGAUGCACUCUCGAGCUUCAUGGGACAUGGAUGCAGGGGAAAAUUGUGUGUGUGUGAGGGAAUGUCAGUGCAGUGAGUGGCUGGGGCAGCUCAGGACAGAGUCGUCUCCAAUGUGUGAGGAACCGGUGCCUGACUGAGCCCAGGUUCUGCUGGCAUCUAGAGACCUGCUGCACUGGCUGAAUGGAAGAGGAUUUUUUGGUUAUUUUUAUUUUUAAUUUAUAACCCACGCAGACAAGUUAUAUGGUAGAUGAGUUUAUACAGAAUACAGAGAUGCCCUAGUUUUGGCACCAGCUAGUCUUCUGGAUGGAGCAAUUACAGUAAUGCUGGCCCUGGCAUGGUUUUCUCACAUUCAUUAGUCCAGCCCAGUAGGAAGAGCUUUACAUGGAUGGCAAGACUGCCCAGGCAAGGAGUGUAGCAGAGUAGUAGUUGAGCCCUGCUGCUUCCUGUGCCCUUGAGGGAGAGAGAGUAGUCUGGACCUUAUUCAUGAAGAGCAGGGUCAGAAGUUUCAUGGGAGGAAGCGACCCUCAAGCAGGUGCUUCAAGAAGUGCUUUGGGUGUAGGGUGCGGAGUGCACGGAGUUGGAUACCAGCAUAGCCCCACAGCCCAGAGGUCAGACCCACAUUGACCGCAGAGUGUCUUUGUCCACCAGUCCCGUGGCUAGUCCAGAACAGAUCACUGGCUCUGUACUGUUGAGGGCUAGUGUCACGCUCAGUAAAAGGCUGGCUGUGGCCUCAGACUCUAGACAGGUGGGGUAGGGUUCACCUCUCCUAACAAAACAGCCUGUAUUGUGAGUCUUUUCCCCACUUUCCUUGAACUUAUCACAGGUAAAUCUUUUUUGUUGUGGUGGUGGUUGUUGUUGCCUGUCUUGUACAUAUGAUUUGUUGUUUUUUUACGUGGGAUUGUAAAUUCAGUUCUAACAGGUGAAACUAGAUACCAUACUGAUCAUGGAAGUUUGAAUCUAUGAUACAUAAACUUUGCAUAUUUUGAUUAUUUAGUGUUUUGAGACAAUAGAUGAAUGUUUCUGAUUUGGGGAGGGCAAGUGUCAUUUUGGAGAGUCUUUUCACUGGAUGGCUCACAAGCACUUUGAAGGGUCUACUGGAGAUCAUUUGAUUUAGAGCUCCUUUCUUUUGGCUGAUUGGCAGUGGUAGUGGCCAUCAGUGGACCAGAGUGCACAGUCUGAGGGCCCUGCUCUCUGGAAACAAGAGGAGGAAGUCAGUCAGAGUGCUGGGUGGCCCUCUGGCCUUCUACCUGCCCUUAGAGCCUGCACCCAAGUGGCCUGUCCCAUCGGGAAGCUCCUGUGUGCUCUUCGGGCUGAGAUACAGCUCUCUUGGGUUUCAUCCUGUUCAGUAAGUGGCUCAGUGACAUAUCCUGUGUUCUUUCCUCCCUUCUGGCUGUGGGACAUCUGUCCCCAGCUGCUGUCCAAGGAGCAGGAGGCGGCCUUUCUGCUGGGAUGUGCACGUUCUCCCAUAGCCACCUGCUCGUGCCUUCCCUGUCUAGGGCCCUGUUGCCUUGUGUCUUCCUGUAACCUCUGUAUGGACCAAAAUCCUUAUUGGAGCAGUUUGCUCACUUCAGACAUCAUAUCCCAAGUGGAUAAUGGCACUUGCAGGAAACCGGCCUUUCCCUGCUACAUCUGGGGGGUGUAUUGGUGUGAUUCACUUUUGUAGCAGAUGAACAUUUGUCUAAGUUUAAAUUUCUGUGAGCACAUUCAUCCACAAGGUUCAGAUGUCUGCUGGAGAAGAGUCCUCUGGACUCAUAACAGUCCACAUAGCCCACUUGCCCUAGCCAAAGCCAGCAGGCUGUCUUGAGUCAGUCAGUGAAGUUUGGCCCCCCUCAUUCCAGACUGAAGCCCCUUCUUCAGGCCUCGGACCCAGCUUCUUCCCCUCCCUUCCCUGAGAGCACACAUCCCCAGCAUUCUGCCAAGACCCGGGGAGGGGGUGCUCUCCACAUACUUGAGGAGCACCUAGUCUCCCAAGAGCACCGGCACUGGAGCCAGAAGGCAUUUGCCUGUCCCUAAGCAACUUGAAGUCAAGGUACCCACCCAGUUGAGUGAGGCAGGGAAGUGUCUGUGCUGUACCCCCUAAGGCUGACGAGGCUAUGAGAGGAGCGCAUCAGAAUGACCGCUGGGGUUUUGUCUGAGUGGCGAGACUGAAGUGGCUGUUGUGGUGCUUGCUGUCUGGCCAAGCUAGAAGUCCACAUGGAGCAGACACACCAUUUUUGCUGGAGUCUGUUUCCAGUGCCUGGUCAUCCUGGGGAGCCAGCAUGGACAGUAAGCCCAGGUGUACUUUGGGCUGGCCCAGCAUCUUGCCCCUGAUUGUGACAUUAAAGGAGCUCACGUGGAGCAAUGGCCGCCUUUUUGGGUCUUUCAUCCUGACCUCUGAACACUAGUCAGCAGCCUGGCGUCUAGUCCAGGCUGUAGGAAUGGCAGUGUUUGUUUCAAGCCCAGGAUCCAACAAGAGCCACACUUUUCUAACUGUCUAGAAGUCUGGCACAGGCUGGGAACAGGGAGGUCAGAAAUAAAACUAGGCAAACACUGGCUGUCAUCAGGACAGAGGUGGGUAACAGCUUCCUUGGUUCUUAAAGCCGUUUUUGGCUUGCAGGACCAUGUGGGUUCAGAGUAGUUACUAGGCUGUUGUCUGCGCACUGUCAAGCCUGGCCCUUGCUGCUGCUCUGCCAGGAGCUAGGCAGAAGAGCGGUGGCUGUUCUCACAAGGACUCCGGUCAUCUGCCUUGCUGCCUGUUAUCCUCAAAUGGAAGGCAAGCCAGGACACCUGAGAGAGGCCUGCAUGUUCAUCUGCCACCAGUGCCUCUGGUCCGGAGAAUGGUACACUGCACACAGGCCAGCACCUCUCUGUGGCUAUUGCCUUUCUCAGUUCAUGCUAACUUGUUCCCUUCCGUGACAAAUCAUUCAGAAUCACUCUGUGACUGGAGCUGCAGGUGAAAGGUCUAGGAUAAAUCAUGUCCAUUCAGACACUGGGUAGAGGGCCGCAAGGCUGGGUCCUUCCCAAGUGCCAAGCCCCAGUGAAACACUGGUUAAGAAUCUAUCAUAUGGUGUCUGUUAAUUAUGUUUAAAGAGUCAUCUUGUCACUUGUCCCCACCCAAAUAGCUUUGUUUCAUUCUUGCAGUUUGCCUGAAACCCGGGGUCAGGGCCCCAUGUGAGAUGGUUGGCAGGAAAGAGCCAGCACCCACUCCUCAGCAGGGGUUCCAAGUGAGCUGGGUCACUCCCUGUGGAGCUGGGUGGCUGGGGCAGCAGAGGUCAUCCGGGGCAGUCAGCUUCCCCAAGCUUCUGAGCAGCACUUGUUCAGCUAUGUCAGGGGGUCAGACUGGGCCAUAAUUGUUAUUAAACAGAGAAAACUGGCCAGCCUUCCUCUGGCCCCUGCUGGCCAUUGUUCUUUGAGCUGUACUCACACAGCCUCUGAGGAAGUGGGAGGAGCUGCCAAAGCCUUGCAGAUACCUUCCUGACCAAGUCCAGUUUCUGGUUCUGUUGGACCCAUUUUGUGUUCUGGUCUCAGGGCAAACCCAUUUCCAAGGGGCCAGACUGCUGAGACGUGAGACUGGGGGGUGACAAGCAGUUGGCUUCUGGUGUGCUUCCUGUCUCCCAGAAGCAGCUGAAGGGAUCAUCCUGGUGCUAAGUGAGGGGCAGCUGCCCUGUCUCUGUCCAGAGGCAAACUGAAACUAAGCCGCACUGUAAAAGGUCCCACCUCUUACUGCAACCAGUUGUGAGAACCCAGAGAAUGGCUUACUCGGUCACACAGGCCUGUGUGGAGUGGGAAUUCUUUAUUUGGUCUGUGUAGCCUUGGCUAGCCUGAAACUUGCUAUUAGACCAGGUUGGCCUCGAACUCCAGCAGUCCUCCCGCCUCUGCUUCCUGAGCACUGGAUAACAGGUGUGCAAUGACAUGCCUGACUGGAACGUGAAUUCUUUGCCCUGGGAAAUGUUUUUAGUGGAAAGAUGUCCCUUGCCUGCAAGGAGGCAGCAGGCUCGAGGCUGCGCUUUGUAGAAUGAGUCUCCAGGCCUCAUAAGGUCCCCCAUGGGGAUGCUGCUAUUUCUAAGAUGCAAAUUGCACAUUUCCUAGAUUUUGUAUCUCUGGAUUUGGAUAAGGGAGGGGAAUAGGGACAAAAUUGCUCGUACAAUUUGAAAUGGGCCUCAAUGGUACUUCAAACCUUUUGAUCUUAAAUAAAAAUGUACAGACAUUU